AUGGCUGCUAUCGCUACUCAACGUGCCUCGGCGCUUCCCCGCCCAAACUUCAGGCCUAUUAUUGAGCAUGCCACCAUCCAGAAGCCGGCUCAGAAAGUGGUUAAGUUCGACCCGAAGAAGCAUCUUGCAUACACACCCCCAUCUCAGAUCGUUAUGAUGAAGGAUAUUGGAUAUCCGGAGGAUGUUGGCGUGUCCCCAGUGGCUGUCUCCCAGCCAUUCCAGCUCUUCUCUCAUGAGGCCAUUGAGCAUAUGAGAAUGGAGAUCUUCAAACCCGAGGUCACGGAACACUGCAGCUAUAGCAGCAACAUCGCUGCGUGUCAGCUUCGAGGCUAUGCAUCGAAGUUUGCUCCAUUUACCUAUGACGCAUGGAACCACCCUGAGACUCUUGCCAUUAUUUCGAAGAUCGCAGGUGUCGAACUCGUGCCAGAAAUGGAUUAUGAAAUUGGACACAUCAACUUCUCCGUCAAGACAGAUGAGCAGACCAAAGAAGAGAUCACCGCUAUAAACAAGCAGAAACGCUUCUUCGAUGAGGACGAGGGUAUUGCAGGUUGCCCAUGGGAGGACGACAAGCCCGUAGUUGGGUGGCACACAGACAGCUAUCCUUUCGUUUGCGUCCUCAUGUUAAGUGAUUGCACUAACAUGGUUGGAGGAGAGACUGCCCUUCGCACAGCGAAUGGUGAAGUCCUUAAAGUCCGGGGUCCCCAAGAGGGCUGUGCGGUUAUCUUGCAAGGGCGAUACAUCACUCAUCAAGCCCUGCGUGCUCUUGGUGCGAAAGAGCGAAUCACUUCCGUGACUAGCUUCCGCCCUCGAUCUCCUUUCAUGAAGGACGAUUCAGUGCUCACCACUGUUCGACCAAUUUCAGAUCUCUCAGAGCUUUAUUACGAUUUUGCGGAGUAUCGUUGCGAGAUCAUAGAAGAGCGGCUUCGGAAGGAGCGCAAGGAGAUCAUCGCUCGCCGCAGGGCUCGAAAGAAGUUUAACACUCUUGCACACAAGAGAUUUCUUGAGGAGUCGAUUGCCUUCUUGGAGCACACCAAUAGCGAGAUUGUCGAGGAUAGCAAGGUCAUCCCAGGGCACAUCAAAGAAGUGAACUAUCCAGAUGUCGUAGUUGGCGCUCCGGAAGAAGCCCACUCUGCGAAGCGUGCUCGAGUUGAGUAGGAAUUGAAAAUGAUUGUCGCUUCGGAUUGUUGCAAUGGACACACGCUCUCUUUUUACUCUAGCAUUUUGGAAGCUCAUACUUUCUUUCUGGUACGUAACAUGAUAGCAUGAGUGCCGUACAUGGGUGAGAUUUGGUGUACAUGGGUGGUGCCGGACGACAAUUUGAGGGGUCUGUUGCUUCGGUUGUGCUGUUGGGAUGGGGAUCGUUUCGGUAGCCAGUGUAUGCGAGGUUAUUCACACAUUACCAGCAAACAUGGAACAUACAGACUACGAGUGUGAACAGGGACUAGAAGUGCAAUGAGUGUAUUUGAGCGGACCACAGAUGCGUAAUCAAUGGAGCGGGGAGAAGUGAGAAGCAAGGAAAUUCCUGCUACACCCAAUUUGGCAUUUACCGUUGAGCACGUCAACUGGCCCCGCUU